AUGAUCAGUACUGUUCCAGCAGUGUUCGAAAAAUGUCCAAUUUCAUCCCAACCUUAUUGCUUCUGGCCACUGCCGUGGUUACGCUGGCCACCGCCCAGCACACCAUAACCCGGGGAGACUCGGACCAAACGAGCACCGCCGUCCGGAUCGACCUGAUUGACGACAUCGAGGCGUUCCGGGCGGCCAACGCCAACCUCAAGGUCACCCCACUGGAGCGGAUCAAGAGUAAUGACGUCCGCCAGCAGAUUAUCUACGCCCAGGGCCAGAGAAUUGCAGGUGACAGCCUGGUUUCGACCAACUCGGAAAGCAAGCAGUGGCCCCGGCUGCAGGACGUGACGAUGAACCUGAGCUAUCCGGCUUCCGGAGUCGGUGCCGUCAUCACGUACGUCCAGGUCAUCGUGAACCAGAGCUCAAACAGUGGCAAGGGGUACGUCAUUGCGGGCGGGAUCGGGCAGCGGUUUAUCCACCUGGUCAUCGAGGCGCACAGUACUAGUUACUUUAGUUAUAACUCGCAGAUUUAUGGAUAUUUUUGAAUGAUUUCUUCAAAUAAAACUGUUAUAUUUCAAUGAGCACGU